AUGAACUAUAACAAAUUGAAAAUACCCCCAGGGUUGCUGGUCACAGCGUCCCUUUCUGGCGGACUUUCUAUUAUUUUGUCGCUAACCAAUAUAGUGUUAUGUAUACUUGUCCUGUUGUAUCGCUUCAAUUGUGCAGCGGGAGAUCUCGGAUCGAAUUCUGCAAAUGGUGCUCAUUUCUUUCUAUUGACAAUACUUAAAACCUAUAUUCUAGAAGAAGACUGUGAGAAUGCCCUGUCUGAAGAAAAUCUUACGACUUCAAGAUUAAUUUUUAUAUUAACCAUAGUAAUCUUAGUGUUGGCUGUUAUUACCUUUUUUACUGCCAUAACAAUGCUUUCAGUUAUAAACAGUGACAGUCCUGUGAAAUAUACAGAUGUGAUUAUGUACUUCUAUGUUGGUGUGUGCGUAGCUGCAUUGGUUGUGGACUUGACACUUGGGGUACACUUUGGAAUUGACCAUGAAUCUUUAAAGGAUAUAUUGGCGGUUAACGCUCCGGGAUUGCAAAGUAAUUAUCACAGAGAUACAAUUCGCCUGGGAGCCCUUUUAUUAAUGACAAUAUGUCUUAAAGGUUACAUUGGACAUGUCAUAAAUAUCGUCCUACUUAUCUGGCUUGUUGCUCAGGUCAUGGAUUACCAGAAGAUGUUAAAUGACGACGAGCAUUCUAUCCACAAAUUAGGAGUGUUGAAUGCUUUUGACGCACCAAAAAGAUUUGAAGAUCCCUGGAACUCGCACCACAACGACAUGUAUUUGAGACAACCGAGAGCACCGCAUUUGCAUAAUUCUACUCAUGAUGAGCCCCGACCAAGGGAAACCCCCUACGGCAAUACAAACUCCACAAAAAGAUUGGAAGAUCCUUGGAAUCCCCAACGCAAUGACGUGUUUAUUGCUAGUGGACCUCAAAUAAACCCUGCUUUUAUUGAUGAUGAACGUUCUCGCCCUUCAACUAGAGAAAACGUUGUACCGGAAAGAAACCGGCCUAGCAACCGUUCCGACUCAUGGUUACAUAACCAAAUUAACUCCGGACAGGGGCUUGGGAGUCGACCAUUCUCAUAUCUGGAGGAACCGAGGAGGCCAGAGCCGUUGAGGCAACUGUCGCCUACAAAUGAUCCUCAAUGGCGGCGGAAUCCCUGGCAAUCGGGGCCGCCCGUACCAGAUCCAGAUUACAGCCCUCCCCCCCGUAGGCUAAAAUCAGCGCUCAAAUCAAACUAUCCU